AUGUGCAACCGGAUCGUUGGAUUGAUGCACCCAGUUGGCUGUUCGCGGUGGGAAAUCCAAUUUGAUCAUGUUAAUCAUGUCAAAAUUCUCAAUAUCGAACACCUUCACCGAUUUAUCAGCCUCGCACACGGUCGCCAGCAAAGUGCCGUCGACAUUUGCACAAAUGUGAGAGAAUUCACUCAAAUGACAUCGGAAAUGCUUGACGAACUCGACUCCUUCACCAUGCUUCUUUUUCCAGAAUUUCAGAUGUCCAUCGACACUCGCUGUGAUGAUAAAAUCGGUUUUUGUGGCAAUGACGCAAUGAACAGUGAAGAAGAUCAACUUCUAACACUAGACGGUCAAUUUCUUCAACGCGUCUCUCCGAACACGACACCGAGCUCCAACACUUUCGGUUAUGAAGCAAUUGUUCACAUGCAAAGAGACCUGGUGUCUUCAAACCGACAGAAUCUUCCGAAUUUCCCUCCGGAAACGACUAACGGACCAGAAAAUGGACAGGAGAAUUGGGAAUUGAAUGAAGCUAUAAGGAUAUCCCGGGAAGAAGGGAAAAGCAGACAGUCCGCAUCGAAUCCUCGUUUCGGAUUCCAUAGAAAUCAUCGGCAUUUCCAUUCCCAUCAGAAAAAUUCUCGAGACGAUCUGGAAGAGGAAGUUCCGAAGGAGAAGUGGACUCAACUAGAAAAAGAUCUGAGUUCUCUUGUCGAUUAUUUGAAAACUGUAGAAUCAGGCAAGCUUGAGGUGGAAGAUCCGAGCCAAAAGUAUUUAAAUCAAGUAGAAAUGUCGGAAACCAUCAAAAUCUACUCGAAAUCUGAUUUGGGAUUCAGAAUUCUUGGUAUAGUGCGAUCUGAUGAAGAACAACUGAGCAUCGAUGAAGCAAAUUGGAAUAUGCUGAGAUUUGUGUAUUCGAGAGAUCCGAGAGUUCAUGAAUCGGCUAUUAGUAUGGAAUGGACACCGAUGGAGAAGGAGCUUUUUUCAAAUAUAGAUGAAUUCAUCCGUAGGCAAGAGAAAACUGCGUUUAGAGCUGGAGCCCUCUCCGUUGCUAUAAACUUCGAUGAUUUCCCACCGAAUUUGACAUGCAGAAGUAAAGAGAAUGAAACCACUCUUCUACGUCCCGUUGUUGUUGACGGCGUCGCUGUUCUCAAUGCGACAUAUUCAAUGAACAAAACGAGAAGUCCAUUCUACGGCAGAGCUCCUGAAAUGCCGCUUUAUCAUGAUACACUGAACUACCCAGUCAAAGCGAUAUUCGAUGUCAUUAUGAACUUUUUGAUUCGUGGCCACAAAACUGUCGUCUAUCUCCCGAAAUACUACAAGGACUACAUCACACCAGAUGGAAUUUCGAAAGUCGACGAUGUGGUGGCAUUCAGAAAAUUGGUGGAAUUGGAAUAUGUGCAGUUUUUGGAGAAUAGAGACGAUCGAAGAGAUUGGGUCUGGUUUCAUGAGGUGUCGAAGAAGGCGGAUGAAAUCGGUGCAGUUUUCGUGUCGGCAAUUGAAUACCGUAGACGAACGGCAGAAAUGAAAUAUGAGAAACCCUCGGAACGUAUCAUCACUCCAUGUUUUUUCAAUGCGCCGGAACGAUUGAUGGUAUUGGAACCGACGAUUCGUUACAAGGACCCUGGAUCCACAAGAUACAAAACUAUUACAGAGAAGGAGAUUCUCCAAUUCUGCGGAGAAGACGAGCAUUCGACGCUAUGUGAGCAGUUAUAUUUGGAGAAACAAAUUGAAUUAAUAUGUCAUUUAUGUCAACUAUACCCAAUGAAAGCCCUGCAUCGUGUCUGUAUUCAACAACUUCUUCAUCUCGUCGUCACGGCGAAAUCUGACUUUGAGAUGCCUUCGAUGGAUUUGGAGGCUUACGCGAAGUUCCACGAUCAAUUUGUUGGAGAUGAUAAUAGUGAACUCAAUAUUAGUGAAAUCAUUAUUAGUAAUAAUAAUCAACCUAAUUAUUAA